AUGUAUAUCAGUAAACAUGCUUCUUUGGUCAUUUCUCUCCGCUUCAGUGUGGCCGGGAAUGAGAUCUUGGGGCUGAAGAUACCUGCAGACCCGAUCCUGACAGCCAACACGGUCUGCCUGACGCUGCCGGGAUUGAGCAGACGCCAGAUGGGUUUGUGUGUGCGGAGCCCUGAUGUCACGGCGGCUGCGGUUCAGGGUAUUCAGAUCGCUAUUCACGAAUGCCAGCACCAGCUCUGGGAUCAGAGAUGGAACUGUUCGACCCUGGAGAACGGUGGAAAAAUCCUCCAAGACACAGUCAUCCUGAACAGAGGGUUCCGUGAAAGCGCUUUCAUGUUCUCCCUGCUGGCUGCUGGGGUCACCCACUCGGUGGCUACCGCCUGCAGCUUGGGGAAGCUGAAUGGCUGCGGAUGCGACCAGAAGCGGAGAGGAGGGGACGACCAGAAUCUGCGGUUCAAACUCUACCAACUCCGGGUACAAGCCUUGACCCAGGGGCUCCCUGUCUCUGUUCCUAAGCCUGAGGAACGUUUCUCUGGGAUCCAGGACUCCUGGGAAUGGGGCGACUGCAACCACGACAUCGAAUUUGCGGAGAAGUUUUCCAGGGACUUUCUGGACUCACGAGAGACAUCGAGGGACAUCCACGGGAGAAUGAGACUCCACAAUAACAAGCUGGGAAGGCAGGCAGUCAUUGACAACAUGAAACGCAAGUGUAAAUGUCACGGCACUUCCGGCAGUUGCCAGUUUAAAACCUGCUGGCAAGUGACCCCUGAUUUCCGACGGGUCGGGGCUGUGCUCAAGGAGCGGUUCCAGAACGCAGUUCUCAUCAAAACUCACAAUAGAAAUACAGGCCAAUUCAGCCUGAAGCAAAACAGGAGGCGGAUUUACAAGGACAUGGUGUACUUCGAGAAGUCUCCCGAUUUCUGCGAGAAGGACCUCGGCACGGACUCACCAGGGACACGGGGAAGGGUGUGCAAUAAAACGAGCCAAGGGAUGGAUAACUGUGACAGUCUGUGCUGCGGGAGAGGGCAUAACAUCCUCAAACAGAGCCGGAGUGAGCGGUGCAACUGCCGUUUCCACUGGUGUUGCUACGUGUUGUGUGACGAGUGCAGGGUCAGUGAGUGGGUCAAUGUAUGCAAGUAA